UUUACGUCCCCGCCCACUGGUGGUAUGUCAACAAACAGGUGGCCAUAGGCGGACGAGUCGUAUCAACAAGAAACCCAAAAAAUAUAUAACAAAAACAACAUAAGGUGGGAUUUAAAGUGAGAACGAGGAGGUGAUGCCUCAACUGACAUUGUCGGCAGCCAUGCAACUGGUAUUGCUGCUGUCGGCCUUCCCGGCUCAGUACUUUAUCCACAAAUGGUGUGGGAACACGGCGGAGGAGCGCCUUCGUGCGUCCUCACAGUUAAUUCAAGAGUGGAAAGAGUGGAGCGGUUCUCACCUGGACGUUUCUGUGUGGCACGAGUGGAGCAUGCGGCAGAUUUCCAAAUUCUGGUCUGUGCUCGGUCUGGACGCUGAUGAGGAGGACAUGUUGGACAGCAUGGACAAGAUGAUGUAUGACAACGACCAGGGAUUCUUUGGAGCGUCUAAGGCGGUGCGCAGUCCACGGCCGCCUUACGUCUUCCUGCGGGUGGGCGAGGUGGUGAUGGAACGUAAAGGCCACCGGAUCGGCGUGGUGGUGAGCUGGGACACCGAGCUGAGGGCCCCGGCUGAGUGGGUGGGCAGGGUGUACAGUGGAACGAAGGAUGUGGCUGCAGAGAAGACUCCUCAUUACAAAGUUCUGUUCAGCGGGCCAAGACCUAACCAUGUAGUGGUGGCCUACCUGCCGCAGACUCAACUCAGACGCAUCACGAGAACCAAACCAAACAUUGCCAUCUUGGAGAACUACUUCACUCAUUUUGACGGCGACCGCUUUGUGCCUCUACCGUGGCUGAAAAAGAUAUUUCCCGAAGACGACAUCGACAAUGACUGAACGUCGUGGCUCCUGAGAUGACGACGAUUAUUCCAAUUUAGCAGGAGCCCAUUCGAAUGUAUCAACCGACAACACAGUACUGUGUACAAGUCUUAGCCACCGUUACCUUUUUAAUCAUACGGCAGCCAUUUUGUCAUAACAGUAAAAUACAGUGGAACCUCAAAAUAGGUACUCAUGAAAACAGAACUUUUUAACAUUCUUAAUGACCUCAACAUUAUUGUCGAGUAACAAAAGUGUUAACUCAUAUCGUAUAUUCAUUCUUUUAACAUUCUUCAAACGUGUAAAUACAACUGGCCCACAAAAUACAGGAGGGUUAACAGCCCAAUGUUAGGAUGUUCUUAUAGUGUCAAAUACAAACGCUUGCAAAGUAUCCAGCUGAUGCUUGCAGAAUUGAGGUACAUUCUUUCAGUUUUCAAUUCCGAAUUGUACCACUUAAGGGACAUUUAGACUUUGGAGGUUCCACUGUAUUACGACACAUACAAGCCAUCAGUUCGGGCUCUUAUUUUAUUUUAUGUUUUAAUGGCCGCUUUACCCCCCCCCCCAUGAGAAGAUGCGUAUAAUACCAUCAUCUCAAAAUUAUGUCGCAUGACUUUUGCACAGUGCUGUACAUGCACAGCUUUGAAUGUAUAAUUAUGAAUGUAUGACUUCAAAUAAAUGGCAAUACAGUGAA